UAGAGGGCCUAUUGAUCGUCUUUAAUAAAACUUGCACAUAUAUAGAUAAUAUACUUGUUCGUGGGAGACUUCGUGUCCUAUGGUCAUUAACAUCCCGUUUGACAUAGUUAUUUCAUUUUGUAUUACAUUGUUCUGAGUUGUGCGGGACAUCCAAUUUCAAAAUGUUUUCUAAUCAUAUGGCGACAAUUGUUCGGCUUGCUGCUCAGCAGCAGCAACAACAAAAACGUGGUAUGGCAACUCUUAAAGCAAUUUCUAUAAGAUUAAAGUCUGUAAAGAAUAUUCAAAAAAUUACUCAAUCAAUGAAGAUGGUGUCAGCUGCUAAAUAUAAUAGAGCAGAAAGAGAUCUAAAACAAGCUAGACCUCUUGGAGUUGGUACAAAAGAAUUUUAUGAACAAGCUGAAAUUCAGGCACCACCAGAAGAUGAGAAAAAGCUUGUAAUAGCAAUAACAAGUGACCGUGGAUUAUGCGGUGCUGUACAUACUGGAGUUUCUCGUAAUAUUAGAGAUGCUCUUUUAGCAGAUCCCAAAGAACGCGAAAAUACGAAAAUUAUAUGCGUUGGUGAAAAAUCACGAGCGAUUUUAUCACGCUUGUUUGCUAAUAAUAUAUUGUUUGUUGCGUCUGAAGUUGGUCGCAAACCACCUACAUUUAAUGACGCUGCUAAAGUAGCAAAUGAAAUUUUAAACAGCGGGUACAGUUUUGGUUCUGGCCGCAUUGUCUACAAUCGAUUCAAGUCUGUAGUAUCAUAUGCCGUUGAUCAGUUACCUCUUUUUGACAAAAAUGCAGUGGUCAGUGCACCAAAAUUAUCUGUAUAUGACUCUUUGGAUGAAAAUGUAAUUCAAAGCUAUCUGGAAUUCUCUUUAGCUUCUUUAUUAUUUUAUUCCAUGAAAGAAGGUGCCUGUAGUGAACAAUCAAGUCGUAUGACUGCUAUGGAUAAUGCUAGCAAAAACGCAGGAGAGAUGAUAGAUAAAUUAACUCUAACAUUCAAUCGUACUCGACAAGCUGUAAUUACUAGAGAACUGAUUGAAAUUAUUUCUGGUGCUGCCGCUUUGGAUUGAAGAAAUAUAUAAUAUGCAUUAAAAGAAGAAUACACCAUAGUGUUGGGAAGUAGAUCACAAUGAUAUUGUCAAUUGGUAAUUGAUUUUACUAUUUUCUGAAAAGAAAAUUUUUAGCGAUUUUUCCGAAUCGCUACAAAUGAUCAAAUGUUUAAAAAUACACCAAUAUUUAUAAACCCAACAUGAAAAUAAAUUGUUAAAAAAUG